AUGUUGAAACUUUCAUUCUUGGGUGGUUUCUCUAUUGUUAUGAUGCUCCAAGCAGUGGCAGCGCAAGCUUGUGAUCCGGCAUGCCAACAACUUAUCGCACGAGCCUCGGCUUGGGAACAGAGCCAACGUGCUUCUGAAGAUGAUUCUUUCUACUCUGUGCCCUCGAAUUACUCCACCUCACUGAAACCAGGGUCUCUUUUGAAAUUAGAAAUUGCAACGAAUUUGACAAAUUACACCGUCCCCGCCAGCCUUACCGUUUCCCGAUUCAUCUACACUACCACUGAUCUCAGUGGCACAAUACUUCCCGCUUCAGCGUACAUCCUCUGGCCUUUUGCGCCACUUACGUCGCAGUCCAGCCAGGCCGGUUUUGAAACAAGCAGUACUGCUCAGCUUGAGACAGAGCUUCACUAUCCAUUUGUAGCCUGGGGUCAUGGGACAGCGGGUACCUUUGGACCGUGCGCACCCUCCAAUUACCGCGCCCUGCAGUAUCACUUUCAAGUGCCAUUUGCUUUGGCGUCACAAGGCAUCGCCGUCGUUGCUCCCGACUACCUCGGUCUGGGAGUCAAGCAACUUGCCAAUGGCACCCGAAUUCCACAUCCCUGGGCCAGUGGGCCUUCACUAGCUUCCGAUUUAGCGAAUGCGAUUACGGCAGCGAGAGUUGCGUUCCCGUCGAUGAUUUCACAGGAUGGUCCUUUCGUAGCCAUGGGCCACUCACAGGGGGCCUUGGCAGCGUGGAGCUUCGCAGAGCGCAUGGCAAAUGACGAACUCACUCUACCAGGUUACAAAGGAACGGUCGCGAUAGCACCACCACUACGAGUGUUGGAGUCUAUAGACCGGGCUUCACAGAAUUUGAGCCUCCCAUGGGCAUCUGCCAUUCUUGGCAUCCAGAAUCUGUUGAUGCAUUCUAUCACGACGGUGUACCCACAAUACGGCAUGGCAGGUCUGACCCAGGAUGGGAUGUCGAGAUGGAAUGCCAUUACGGAAGUUGAUGGCUGCCUCCCAGUCAAGACUGCUGCCGGCAUCGGUCUCCUGCCAUCUAACAUAGCACACGCGAACUGGACGCAGAACCGAUACGUCCAACAGUUCAACAAGCGCACACUUACAGGUGGCAAAAAAAUCAAAGGACCUUUGCUGGCAUUGGUAGGAGAACUGGAUCCCUUAGUUCAGCCGGACAGCCUCAGUGAAGUGAUAGAUGAAACAUGCAAAGCGAUCAGCACCAAUGAUAGCCUGGAGUUCAACGUAUACAAAGGGUUAAGUCAUUUCCCUCUCGUCCAAGGAUCACAACAAAAGUGGAUGGGUUGGAUCAAAGACCAUUUACUUGAGAAGACUGACCAAAACUUAUCACGACGUGGCGGUCUCGAGCCAUGCGAUAGGAAGACCAUUCAGGGGCUUCAACGGGGAGCGACCAACCAGGGGGUGUUCCCCAACUUCUUGGUAGCUAGCGCGGAUGUUGGGGCAGCCUGGGAGUACGCUCUGUAA